AUGGCCAGUUAUUUUGCACGUUUGAAAAAUUUUAUCACAGGCAAGCGCAACUCAGCCAACCUUGAUCUACCUAAAGGUGUUGCUGAGACAGAAGAGGCAGAUUAUGAAGAAGACCAGAAGAAAAAAAUGUCUUUUUACAAUCCGCUAGACCCUGUGCCAAAGCUUGAAUUCUAUUCCAAAGACACGUGGACGGGACGUAUGAAGAGUAUGAGACCAACUUUAGAUGUUUUGCGCAAACCACAAGGUGAAGAAGAUCUUCCCCCUCCACCAGAAGAUGAGAGACCUAAAGUCAAGCUUGUUCGCUUUGGAUGGAUUAUGGGAGUUAUGAUCCGCACUAUGGUAAACAUCUGGGGAGUCACUAUGUUCCUACAACUUCCAUGGAUCACAGCUCAAGCUGGACUCAUUCUUACCUUUGUCAUAAUCAUCAUGUCUGUUGCCAUCACAACAUUCACGGCAAUGUCAGUGUCAGCGAUCUCCACCAAUGGGAAGGUUUACUCUGGUGGCACAUACUUUGUCAUCUCUCGAAGUCUGGGUCCUGAGCUGGGAGCACCCAUUGGUCUGCUCUUCUCAUUUGCCAAUGCUCUCGCCUGCUCGCUCAACACAGUGGGGUUUGCAGAGACUGUCACCAAUGUUCUUGCAGAACACAAUAUACAGAUGGUGGACCAUAUUAAUGAUGUCCGAAUUAUAGGGACAAUUACUGUUUUUAUUCUCCUCUGUAUCACAUUUGCUGGAAUGGAAUGGGAGACCAAGGCUCAGAUUGUGUUCUUCCUUUGCGUAAUAGUCUCCUUAGCAAAUUAUUUUGUGGGGACAGUUAUUCCACCCUCCAAAGAAAAGCAGUCUGUGGGAUUCUUUAGCUACCGCUCUGAGGUCUUUGUCGCAAAUCUACUGCCUUCAUACCGAGGCCAAGAUGCAAAUUUCUUCAAUAUGUUUUCCAUUUUCUUCCCUGGUGUCACUGGAAUUCUGUAUGGGGUCAACAUCUGUGGGGAUCUCAAGGAUCCAGCAGGUGCAAUUCCUAAAGGCACAUUGCUUGCCAUAUUAGGGACCACUUUGAGCUAUUUACUUAUUGCAGCGACAUGUGCUGCAACUGUUGUAAGGGACGCUUCUGGCAAUUUAAAUGAUAGUUUAUCACUCAACUCUUCAAUCCAAUGCAGUGGUCUGGGCUGUAAACUGGGCUGGAAUUUUGACAGUUGUGAAAUGAACCAAACCUGUAAAUUUGGAAUUAUAAAUGAUGUAGAGAUACUUACCAUUGUUUCAGCAAAUGGGUAUUUAAUCAUAAUCGGAAUAUUUGCUGCCACUUUGUCUUCAGCAUUGGGUUAUUUGGUGUCAGCCCCUAAAGUUUUUCAGUGUUUGUGUCAAGACAACAUCUACCCCUACAUUGCAUUCUUUGGGAAAGGUUACGGGAAAAACCAAGAACCUCUGCGUGGCUACAUUCUCAUGUUUAUUAUAGCUUUAGGUUUCAUCCUCAUUGGUGAUCUGAACACCAUCUCUCCUCUGAUCUCAAACGUCUUCCUCUGCUGUUUUGGUCUCAUUAACUUCAGCUGCUUCCAUGCAUCUUACACCAAAUCCCCUGGCUGGAGGCCAUCAUACCGUCUCUACAAUGCUUGGAUUUCUCUGUUGACUGCUGUUUUGUGUUUUAUCCUCAUGUUUCUUUUCAUGUGGUGGACUGCACUUGUCAUUUUCGCCAUUAUCAUCUUUCUCUUAGGCUACGUUAUGUAUAAAAAACCUCAUGUGAACUGGGGUUCAUCUUACCAGGCAGGUAUCUACAACAUGGCUUUGUCCUUCUCUGUGUCUCUAUCAAAUGUUGAAGAUCACGUCAAAAAUUUCAGGCCUCAGUGUCUUGUUCUGACUGGUCCUCCAAAUGUGCGGCCCGCUCUGGUAGACUUUGUGGGCACUUUCACUAAAAACAUCAGCCUGAUGAUCUGUGGAAACAUUAUCAAGGAGGACGAAAAGUCAACAUUACCCCAGCAGAGUACAGAAAUGCUGCUUGAUUGGCUAAUUAAAAGAAAAGUUCGUGCUUUCUACACAGCCUUCACUGCUGACAGUCUGAAGGAAGGGGCACAUCAUCUCAUGCAGGCAUCAGGUCUUGGAAAAAUGAAGCCAAAUACCCUUGUUUUGGGAUAUAUGACAAACUGGCAGGAAUGUAAUCCUGAGAGUUUACAAGACUACGUCAACACAAUCUACACUGCAUUUGACAACAGCUAUGGCAUUGCUAUUCUAAGAAUGAUGGAUGGAUUAGAUGUAACGGAUGAUUUGAAGAGUGCAGCAGUUGGACCUCCUUCAAUUGUGAAUCCGGCAUUUGACGCAGAAGAAGUAACGCAAUCGGAAAAUGGCGACAUUGAGCAAAGUUCAGAUGUUUCUGAUGGUCUGCCCAAUAUGCAGGUUAGGACAGUUUUUCAGACAAAACAGGGAAGGAAGACCAUAGAUAUUUACUGGAUUGCUGAUGAUGGAGGUCUGACUCUUUUAGUACCAUAUUUGCUAACCAGAAGAAAGUGUUGGAAAAAGACCCAAAUCAGAGUGUUCAUCCUAGGAGAUCAGGAGACAAUGGAGAAAGACUGUAAAGACAUGAAAAUGUUGUUACAAAAAUUCCGUAUGGAAAUUCAGGACGUCAUUGUGAUAACAGAUGUGGACAAAGUGCCACUUGCUAAAAAUUUGCAGCGGUAUGAGGACAACAUUUUCCCCUUCAGGUUGAAUGAAGAACAGACGGCAGGGGACAUCCAGGAACUCAAGAGACUGAGUCCAUGGAAAGUUUCAAACAAAGACCUUCAGUUCAUGAAACCCAAGGUGGAGAGGUCUCUGCGACUCAAUGAAAUCAUUAAGAGGAACUCAAUGCAUGCUGCUCUGGUUGUAAUUUCUCUUCCAGUCCCUGAAGUUAAUUGCCCUAGUUCUCUCUAUAUGGCCUGGUUGGAAGCGUUAAGCUAUGGCAUCCACUGUCCUGUCAUGCUCAUUCGAGGAAAUCAAGAAAACGUCAUGACCUUCUACUGCCAGUAAAGCACACACAAAUGCACUGCACUGAAAAUUGCUCUUGGAUAUAAAUAAAAGUGUAGACUACAGACAGUAUGAUUACCAUGCAUGGCCACGCCCCUAACACAAC